GUGUUGUCCUUACAAUUUUACGCGAUAAAAGAGAAAGUACAAAAUGAGUAAACAGAACCCUAACGCCUAACGGCUUUGUUUCGUUUCUCCGUUCUUACACACAGGACCCGUAUCUAUCUCUGCAAUUCCAUUCUUCAUCUUCUCCUCAAUUUCUCACUAGAUAUGCUUUUCAACCAUUAACUUUAUCUGCAUGUCAAUGGGUUCUAUCAUGGAAAGGGAACGAACUCGGAAACGACCUCGUCUCGAAUGGGAUGUAGCUCCUCAACCUUCAUUUCCGCAGUCACAGAGAAUUUGCACGGUGGUUGGUGAUGAAGGAAUCGAGAAAAAGCAUGCAUCGCCUCCGAGAAGAAACGAAGGUCGGGAUGGACAUUAUGUUUUCAAUCUCGGCGAAAAUCUCACUCCUAGAUAUAAAAUUCUCGGCAAAAUGGGUGAAGGCACGUUUGGUCGAGUUUUGGAAUGUUGGGAUCGUCAAACAAGAGAUUAUGUAGCUAUCAAGGUGAUUAGAAGCAUCCAGAAGUAUCGCGACGCGGCAAUGAUCGAGGUUGAUGUGCUGGAGCGUCUUGUGAAGAGUGAUGUGGGAUGCUCACGUUGUGUGCAGAUGCAGAAUUGGUUUGAUUACCGGAAUCACAUAUGCAUUGUCUUUGAGAAGCUUGGACCAAGCUUAUUUGAUUUUCUAAAGAGAAAUAAAUACUGCCCAUUCCCUGUGGAUCUUGUUCGUGAAUUUGGACGACAGCUUUUGGAAUCUGUAGCAUAUAUGCAUGAACUACGGCUAAUCCACACCGACCUGAAGCCAGAAAAUAUACUUCUUAUUUCUUCUGACUGUGUAAAGCUUCCUAGUUGUAAGAGGGUUUUCUCAGAUGAAACACAAUUCAGGUGCUUGCCUAAGUCUAGUGCUAUUAAGCUGAUUGAUUUUGGUAGUACUGCAUCUGCAAAUCAGAGCCAUAGCUCCAUUGUUUCUACAAGGCAUUACAGAGCCCCUGAGGUUAUCUUAGGUCUAGGGUGGUCAACGCCGUGUGAUUUGUGGAGUGUUGGAUGUAUUCUCUACGAAUUAUGCACGGGAGAAGCAUUGUUUCAGACACAUGAAAAUUUGGAGCACCUUGCAAUGAUGGAGAGAGUUUUGGGACCUCUACCAGAGCAUAUGGUUAAAAAGGCUAACAAGGGUGCAGAAAAAUAUUUCAAGCGUGGAUCUCGACUAAGAUGGCCUGAAGGAGCUGUUUCAAGGGAGAGCAUUAAUGCAGUGAAGAAGCUUGGUCAUCUUAAGGACAUUAUAUCACGUCAUGUAGAGUGCUCGAGGUUCUUGUUAAUUGAUUUAUUACAUGGCUUAUUGACUUAUGAUCCGGCCAAACGUAUUACUGCUCGCCAGGCCCUUGAUCACCGCUUCUUUAGGUUUACAACUUAAGAAGUCGAAUACCUUUUGUUGUGAAAUGACUCCCAUUUGAAUUGUUAUCAGUUGCACAGGCUAGCCCUGCCUUAAAUGAAUUUAUUUUUCAUUUAUUGCUACUGGUUUAGUUGAGUUGAAACUUGAAAGUAUAUAUUCUUAUAAUGAUCAGUUUUAUUCACAACAAAAACUGUAUUUGCGAUGGAUGUGGUGUAUGAGAACAUUCUGCUGACAAAUAGUUAAUUGAUAGAGGAAUUAUGUUGUGCUCAAGAAGGUGGAAAGUAAGAAAAGUAUCAAGAACGUUAUGCCAACAAUUUAGAAUGUAUUCAAACGCUGAUUACUUUGAUCAUUCAGAUGACACUCUGGUAAGCAAGGAUCUAUCCUGGGACAUUAUCAUUUGAAAGUUAAUGUCCUAGCUAUUUUUGCUCAUUUUGAAUUUGUGCAUAUGACUAGUUUGGAUCGAUGCCCUGUUUACAAGUUUUCUUUGAAUAAAAAUAAGGCUGUGAUUCUUAUUAAAAAGCCAUAAACUUAUAUAUGUUAACAGUUAUGUUAGUUUCAAUGUAAUGUAUUUACUAGUAUAUUAAUCAUUUUACUCUGAUUUAAGAAUGUGAUUAAGAGCAAAAUUGUCAUUAGCAGCAAUGUUUACCCAGAAUAGAGGGACUUCUCUGAUACUAAGAGGGGCUUCUCUUAUACUUCGUGACUAUUCCUAUCCUCAUCAUAUAUCCUACUAGGACCUCCUUGAAUUGACUUAUUUGAGGUUAGCUGAUGACAUAGGUUUUGUGAAGUUGUUUCGGAGAAAUUAUAGAAAAAAUUAUGACAUUUUUUAGAAUUUUUUCCAACUUAUUUUCUAGUUUUUUCAAGAUAGUUUAUAAAUACAACCUAUAAUAUAUGCAAAAACAAUUCUAUUUUUGUUUUACUAUAAUAUAGAAAUAACUAAUGCAAGUUUAUAUAUAAACAAUUCAAUUUUAUUGACCUUGUUGUGGUUGGAAAACCUUCGUCCUCAAAAGAGAUAUCUCUUAAGAGAGACAUGAAGCUUUAGCAUAGAGAAUGUUUUGGUCCGAGGAUGCUAGGUUAGAUUUGUUACCAUAAAACGAUAUUAUCUCAGGAAGUAAGGAGCUUGUUGAACUCUGGUACCUUAUAGAUCCUAACACUCUCAAAUUGUUCAAAGGUGUGAGGAUAGGGAAUUUAAAAAGGAAGAUGGUAACUUCAUGUAUUUUCAUGUUUAUGUUACAAGUAGGUUGAGGAGAAAUGCUAUCUUGGCUUUAUAUGUUGGCAAUGUUUGUGUGAAGAGUUAAAGAGGUGCAUUAGGAGGCUGUGAGGUUUUUUACCAAUCACUUCUUAGAACCCUAUAUUGACAUGUAUUUUGGAUGGGAUUACCUUUUGGAAUAUCACUUUUGAGGACCAAAUUGGCUUGGUUUUUCCCUUUCUUGCUGUUAGAGAUUGACUUGGUGGUUGCCCAGUCAGGGGAAUAAAAGUUUGGUUUCAUGUGUGUUUAUUUUGCUUUCACUGAAGUUAUCGAUGCUUCUUAAGGUGAAUGUGGGUGUCAUGUUUAAUCAUUUAUUUGCAUUGACAACAUUACCUCACUCUUUUUCUCUUCUUAUUUUGUUACAUUGAUUCCUAAGGUGGAAUCUCCUUCAUGUUUAGGUGAGUUGUGACCUCUAUUAGAUUGCCUGCAUAAGCUUGUUGUAAAAGUUUUGGCUUCAAAAUUGACUUCGAUUAUGGAUAAGAUAAUUUCUCGCAAUCAGUCGGUCUUCCUAAAAGGUUGUCUUUUGGUGGAUUGGACAAUGAUGGUAAAUGAAAUUGUUGAUUUGGUAAGAAAAUCUAAAAAGACUUGCCUUAUUUUUAAAGUUGAUUUCAUAAAAGUUUAUGACUUCGUUAGUUGGAGUUUCCUUUACUAUAUGUUGAUGAUAUUUGCUUUUUGUUAAAAAUGGCAUUUUUGGAUUCUUGUCUGUUUUCACAAAGAAAUUGGUCCUAGUCAAUAGUUGUCUCACUCAAGAGAUCAAUAUUUAGAGAGGUUUCAAAAAGAGGGAUCUUUAGUCUCGUUUAUGUUGCUAGAAAACAAUUUGGGUGGUAUGUGUUCGUAGGGUUGUAGACCUUGGUCUUUUUUUCCAUGUUUAAGGUGAAAACAUCAGGCUUAAUGGAUUUCCAUCUUUAAUGCAUAUACUAUGAUUUUUUGGAGAAGCAUAUGUUGACAAUAUUUACGCCAUUAAAUAUAUUUCUAGGGUUUUUAGCUUGCUUUUGGGCUUUGAGUAAUUUUUAAAAAAAACAUCUUAAUCAGGGCUAAUGUUGCCUUAAUGUUUUUGGUAAGGUUUUAUUUUUUUGCAAACAAGGGUUUAUCCUUUUCAAAUAUCUAGGGCUCCCGAAUGAUAUUCCCCUCCAAGAGUCAACCUGGAAGCCUAUGAUUAAUUUUAUCUCUAUAGGACUUUACUCUUGGGGCAACAAGUAUGUCAACUUGAGUGGUCAAUUGAUCCUUUUAAAUAUCGUCCUCAAUUCUAUUUCCAUUUUCUUCCUUUCUUUUUUCAAAAUUCAUGUCAAGGUUUGGAAGAGUUUGGUGAGACUUUAGGGGCGUUUCCUUUGGGGAAACAAUGGAAAUUUUAAAUUCCCUAAGGUGUCUCGAGAGGGGGUGUGUAAGUCUAUGAGUGAUAGGGUUUUGGAUAUAAGAGAUUUGUGUAUGGUUAAUUUGGUUCUUGUUAAGUGAAGAUGAAUGUUGUUUUAUAGUGAAGGACAAUGGUUUCAAAUUCUUCUUGCUAAACAUGGAUUAGGUAGUUUGAUCUACUGUCACGGGUAGAUCGAUUGGGUCGAAUCCACCUCCCACGCGAUGGAAAGGAAUUUCCCUUCUUGGUUAAGACCUUGAAGAUACUGUCGACUUGUUCAUUAAGGGGUUUAUAGAAGAAUGUGAUUAAUGGGUUUUUCACCUUUAUUGGGAUGACCCUUGGCAAGACCAUAUUUUCUUAAGCAUUCGCUUUCCAAGGCUACCCUGGUAUUGACUCAGCGUAUUGCUACCCUGGUAUUGACUCGGCGUACGUGAAAGAUUGGUCAUUUGGGAAGCCCUAUUAACAGGGUUUGAACUUGGAACUUAAGGUGAAUGAUGGAUAUGUUUGUUUGAGAACUAGAGCUUUUAGGAAAUCUAUUAUCGUAUUUAGAGAAUUUAAUUGCUUGUUAGAUGAGAAUAUUUGAUGUUGGUUUCCUCAAUAAGAAUAAUAUGUAUUAUGUUAAAAAGUGACUUAUAUCCCUUGUUACACAUGUCUCUGCACGAUGAUGACGUGGUUCUAUGAGAUGUGCAGGUAACUAUGACUAUGAUUUUGAUGAUGAUAAAAUAAUAAAGCUAAAAUAAUCAAGAGCAUAGCAUAAAUAAGGAAGAAAUAAAUUGAAGUUUAUCAAAAUGAAAAACCAAGAAAGUUUUGAUGAUGAGAGCAAAGAUAGUCAAUGCAAAUAUCAACAUCAAAGGAACUGAAUUCUAU